AUGAACUGGGUGCCCCAGGUAGUUUCGUUCAUUGCCUCGGGUUCUGCGGUUAACUGGUGGGGUUUAGGUUGUCCGGCACACUGCAGCGGCAGCAUCACUGUGCUCCUGCUGACUGGGCUUGCCGGCUUCUCCUCAGGGGCCCUCCUGGUCCUUUACCUCUUCCGCGAGGCAAUCUUCCUUCGACCUCCUGGGCUACUUGCCCCUGGGCCUGAGGCUGACCUCGGGCCACCCGUGCUUGGGAAGCUGGCUUUUACGCCGGCCUUGUGCUGCAAGACCACCUGGGCGCUGAAGACGGCUCCCUUGCCCCCAACCGGGAAUUAUGUCUCAGUGCUCGUGGUCGACUUCUCUGCCGAUGCGCUGCCCCUUUUGAGACGAGCAGAUCCUGUGACGGAUGGGGUCGAGAGCCAGGGCUUUGCCCCAGAAGGGGGAAUCUUCCCCGACUAUCCCGGUCUCCUUGCCGAAGUGCGGGGCCGGGUGCAAGACGAGGUGGGCGCCCCUCGGGAGAGGCUCGCUUUUUACUCUGCAACAAAUGCCCAGCUUCAGGACCAGAUCGAGUUGCUCACGGCCCUGCUGCCGAAACUCACGGACCAGGUUGCAGGCAUCGCCGCCCGUCAGGCCACCUUGGAAGACCGGAUGUCAGCGAAGCCUGCUACUCCAGCUGCUGCUCCAAAGCCCCAUCAAGCCCGCUUUCUGGUCGGCCAGCCGAAGACUGCAAUGCCGGCGGACAUGACAAGGGCCCUCACCGGCUUGAUCGGCCCCCCGCCUCGACUUCGGGAUCCUGCCCCUCCGGCCGUGGAAGAGCAAGAGCCAGGCCGCCAUCGCACAGCCGAGCGCACAGGCGGCUAUGGAUCGCACCGCGACACAGGCCUGAUCAUGUGGAUCAUGGCAAACCUCUCGAAUGCCCUCCUUGCAGAGGACGUGAAAGCGGCCUCCGACAUCGCCGCGCUAUGCAUGGUGUGCCUCGAGCAAUCUGUGCUCGACGGCGGCCGCUGGGACGUAGCAUACAUGCUCUCCCUGCUCGGAUGGGCGACAGCCCCGAGGCCGGCCCCGAAGGGUUCCGACCCCGAUGCAGGCCAGACGCCGAAGCCAGGGGAAAAGGCGAGGUUAAAGAAGCCAAUGUGCCUUCUGCCUUUCCUGAUCCCGGGCCUCGGCCCUUCCGCCCACCCCUACGGGGCCACCUUCCCGGGUCUCAAGACGAAGGCGACCACAACUGCGGCUCACAGGGAAUACCUGCGCCAAGCUCAGUGCCUUUCUGCUUCCUCCGAGCUGCGGGCCGACCAGCCUUUCCCCUGCUCUAGCCACGUCUCUGAUCUUUUCACGGUGUCGGUGCAAAGCGCAAGUUGCCCCGCGGACUCCACCAUUGCCGCCCAGGUCCACGACAGAGCCCUUGAGGCCUAUGCCAGGGAGGGGCUUGAUGAGGGCUCACCCGGGCUCGAGGGACUGGGGCCGGGUCCUUGCCCGGGCGGGGCCAUCGUCUCGACGCCAUGCAGGCCACAGCUGUGCCGGGACAUCUGGCUGGCCUCUGACAAGAAAAGGGUGAGAGCCGUCAUGGACUUGGUCCCCUCCCGGACCACCGCCUGCCGCAGCAGCCUGAUCUUAUCGACUGGGGCUCGCCUGGCCACUGGACCUGUGCUCAACCUCGGUGGCCACGGGCAGGAGCGGAGAGCCAGUGACCUGGCUUUUCAGUGGGCUCUCUACCUUCUUGAGUCCGGCAGAGUGGGCCUCCUCAACCACGAUCACGUGCAGCACUGCACCCUCCUGACUCAGGACUUUGGUCUCGCCCGUGCCCUCAAGCUAGCUCUCACGCGUCGCAGCAAGCUCUUGAAGCACCUUGACCUCUCCACCUCUGGACUUGAGAGCCCCUGGCUGAACGACUUCGUGAUCACCUCAAGGUGGGCAACCGAGGCCGCGUGGACCUGGCCACGCCCUGUGCAAAUUAACAUAUUGAAGCUCUCGACUUUCUCCCGCCUCCUGAAAAGGUUAGCCCUUCAGGCCGGCAACGCACGUUUCGUUUCCCUGAUUGAUUCCGAUGUUGGCCGGUGCUCCGCUGCCAAAGGAAGGAGCAGCUCCAGGGCUCGUGCUCAGGCCCUCGACCGCAUAGCUGCAACGGAGGCAGCGAGCCUGACCCUCCUGGCCCUGGACUUGGGGCGCAGUCUCUUCCGGCGCCAGCGCCGCUGGGUCGCCAACUGGCUCUUUGCCUGUCCUCCGUUGGACUUUGACAGCACUCUGGGCUUCCCCGGUGAAGGGAACUGCCAUCGCCAGACCAGGCGAGAAGGCACCGAACUGGAGCAAGAGCGCCACGUUGAGGCCUCGAGCAAGGCGCUGCGUCAGCGCUUGUGGGCCGACUUUGAGCACUGGCUCGCUCUAAAGGGCGUGGGCACUGAGCUCUUCGACCCCGAGGCCCCCUUCGAGAUCGACAACAUUAAUGCUAUCAUGUCGCGCUACGGGCGCGAGCUGUAUGCUGCUGGGAGGCCGUACGGCCAUUUCUCCGAGACUGUAAAUGCGCUGUCGGCCCGGAUCCCAAAGGCGAGACGCUUGCUCCAACCUACAGGGGACGUCGCUUUUAACUGGAUGAAGCGCGAGCCUCAUGUUCACCACCAUGCGCUUCCAUGGCAAGUCCUCUUGGCUAUGAUUUCUGUCUGCUGCCUUUGGGGCUGGCCAAGAGUAGCGGGGCUACUUGCCCUGUCUUGGGGCGGCCUGGCCCGUAUAGGCGAGGUGAUGGCAGCGCGACGCCGCGACCUCGUCCUCCCGUCGGACCUCGACGGAACAGUGAGCUACGCGCUUCUUUCUAUAAAGGAGCCAAAGACGAGGAACCGAGCAGCGAGACAUCAGGCUCUGAAACUGGACCAGCCUGAUCUUUUGGAUGUUGUCAUUUUCGCUUUUGGUGAACUGCCACCUGCAGCCCCACUGUGGCCAAUGUCUGGACAAACUCUUCGGAACCGUUUUAAGCUGCUGCUGGAUCGCCUGGGCCUCUCCAGGUCCUCUUCUGCGAAGCAGCUCGACUUAGCGAGCUUAUGUGCUGGAGGAGCAACUUGGCUUAUGCACACGACCGAAGACGCUGAACUUGUUCGCAGACAGGGCCGGUGGUUAAACCAUCGCAUAAUGGAAAUCUACAUCCAAGAGGUCACGGCCGUCCUGUUCAUGCCGACGCUCAGCCAGGACAUACGAAACGGCAUUUUCGCCCUGAUGCACUCCUACCCCGACAUCUUCCGAACGACGCUGCGGCUCAAGGCCGCCGGUUGUCAUCACUGUGCGACCGCUCCGGUACAGAAGCUCUCCUUGCCGGAAGACGUUUUCGCAGGAACAGGUGCUGCAGCCAUUGAGGAGAUAACCGCCAUGCUGGCCACGCCCAUGACCUCGCCGGCCGCAACUCCGGUUGGCCCUGGUGGAGGCUACAGGGAGAAAGACGAGGUGUUGUUGGGCAGGGUACCGCCAAUGCAGAAGGAGCUGGCGAUUCGGUCAAAGGUCUUGGUGGAUCUGGCCGAGGAGCCGCACGAGGGCCACAGGUUCGUCUUCCCACUGCCCGGGCCUCUCACUGGCGUAGCGACACGGGGCAAGGCAAUCCUGAAGAUGUGCGGCGUGACCUACCAGUAUCCGGAGCAGCCUACUCCCGCAGUGCGCAACGCGGAGCUCAGUGUGUCCCAGGCGAGCCGUGUGGCGCUCAUGGGCCCGAUGGGUUCCGGACGUUCUACACUGCUGCAGGUGCUCAGCGGACGGCUGCUGCCGACACAGGGUGCAGUGCAGCGCGUGCUGGGAGCAAGAGUAGCGUACGUGUGCAAGCACUCGCUGCAACGCUUCGGGCAGUUCAAGGAUGCGACGGCACUGCAGUACAUGUUCUGGCGGUUCGCCGAUCACCGAGACAAAGAGUCCUUGGCCGUAUCCUCUGCUGUACUUACGGCAGAGGAUCGUGCCCGGCGGAUGCAGCGCUGGCACCUGGACAGGGCCACAGGUCUCCCGCAGCUCGGCGCCGGGCCUGAGGGCUCCGAUGACAUUCAGCUGGUGCCCGAAGCCGCCUGCGAUCGCCGCGAUGCGGCUGGGGCUCUCGAGUAUCAGGUCAAGUGGGUGCAGCAGGAGCUGAAGACCUGGGUCAAGAAGGAGCUUCUCAUCGAAAUGGGCUACCGAAGCCUGGUCCAGCUGGAGGAUGACUGGCAAGCCUCGUCUGCUUUAGCAGUCAAGGAGCUAACUCGAGACAAUGUCCAGAGCCACCUCGCUCGCUUCCAAGUGGAUGCCAGCGCCUGUCAGUUGCCCAUGGGUCGGCUCUCCCGUUCCAUGAAGAUCAGGAUCGUCUUGGCGGCUGCGCUCUGGCAGCAUCCACACAUCUUGAUACUGGAUGAGCUGGCGGACUACAUGGACGUUGAGGACAUCCAGGGCCUCAGAAGUGCUCUCGACCACUUUGCCGGUGGCGUCAUCCUGGUUUCCUCGAAUGAGCAACUUUGCAACGAGUUCGCCAAUGAGAAGUGGUUCAUGGAUGACGGCGUGCUGCACGUCGAAGGAACCUUUAAGGGUGACAUCCACUGUUCUGCAAAGACGGCAGUGACACCUUCCGAGGCGGCCCACCAGCACAUUGCAGACAUCGAGCGGCGGAUGCGCGAGCACCGGCGCAAGCCCCUGACAGACAAGGAGCUUUGGCAGUUGGAGGACGAGCUUCACGAACUCAAAGAGGAGCUCUUGCUGAACGACGUUAUGCUCCAAGAUCCGGAAGACGACGACGCCUACGCCAUCUCGGGGCUUGGCUCGGUGAUCGACGAGCAGCUCGCGGAGAUCCUCCUAGAAGAGUUCGGUGCCGAUCUCAAGAAUUUCCGACAAGCGCAGCACGACUUCAACCUGAAGCUAAGCCUGCUGGUGGAGGAGAGGCCGGGGGAAGAUCCCGCGUUGGACCUGCUGGGCUUCGUGGCCUACAAGACCUGGGGCCCGCCGAUUCCCGGUGUAAGUGUAGGCGCCGUCGGCGUAGCAGACAAGCAUCGGGGGAAGGGUUACGGCAGGCAGCUUAUGAAAGUUGCCGAAGACCGUGCAGCACUUUUGGGCAUCACCACCGCUGAGGGCUUCCGGCCCGGAGAAGUGCGGCUGCGGUCUCUUUCCUCUGCAGUGCGUUUCUACGAGCGUCUAGGCUACGAGCGCGUCGAGGAAGACGAGGAUGAGGCGAAGCACACGCCCGCCUGUCCGGAUCCGGAGCGGCAUGCCGGGGAGGUGGACGAGGACGAUGACGACGGCCCGUGUGUGCCAAUGGUCCGGAAGUGUGCACCUCCAAGCCCACCUACGCUGAUGAAGAUGGGUCCUCUGGUCUCCCCAAAGCAGGCGCCCUGGUGCCCGAAGCUCUCGCGAGCUCUGGAGGAUGGGCCGACCUGGCCAUCCCUAGACCAGUUUGAAUUGUAA